GUCAUGCUCAGCCAUAAAAAGUGGGAGAAGAAGAAGGAAGAGUGGGGAUAUUUGGAGUGAUGGCAUUUCUCUUCCCAAGUAACACAUGGUGGAGCUCUGCUGUUCUGGAGGUGUUGUAAAAGCUAUUUCUACAAAUGCUUUAAUGGAACAGUUGCGUUUAAAAUACCAACAAAGGCCAUGGACUGAAACUCUGAGACUUGUUUAUUUUUGCAUGGAUAACGCACUGCGAAAGCCCAUCAGUAAAGCUCCAGAUGGUCUGUUGCUUUCAUGCAUGGAGAAGAUACAGAAGACACUAAAUGCUCAAUCCAUGUUUUCUGUGAUGAACGUGUUGGAACGUUUAUCCAGACAAAAAGGACUUACUGUUCAUGUUAGCCCCAGUGGGACAACCUGCUACAUAACAUCAAUGAUGUUUUAUGUAGAAAUUCAGCUGGAGGAGGAUGGAGAUGUGAUGGAUGUAAAGUUGGCUCACUUUGAAGAAGCUCCUGUGGUUUGUGAUGAUUUGGUCCAGCUUCUAAGGAUGAAGAACUAUGAUGCCUUUGGCAAAAUUCUAGAAGACCUGUCAAAUAUGUAUCAAAUUCCAGGAAACAGCGAAAUGAAAGCUAAGGGAUAUCUUGCUUUGCAGGCCCUUGAAAAAGACCUUUAUUCAAUGUCACUUCUUGACAGAACACAGGAUCUAAACAGAGUUACUGAAGUACUUCAUGGAAAAGUAGGACACCUGGUGCCAAGAACUGGAGGAACCCCAAUGAACAUUGAAUUUUACAUUUCUCCCUAUCAAGUUUUGGAAGCAGAACUAAAUAAUGGUUCCCAGGUAUGUGGAACAAAAACAGUUGUAACUGUUGAAGGCACAGAUACACUGCACAAACUGCCUCUUUCUCCAUUAAUUAUAGAUCCUCAAGCUGGAGAGGACAGCAACCCUGCUUUUUUGCAACUGACUGAUGAACUCAGCAUGGAUUUGCCAGCUCAUUUUGUUCUGAAGUUUCAUCAGCCUGUUCCAAUGUCUUCAUCCAGUAUUGAAAAGAUACAGAAGCUCACAGGAAUUCAGAUUUCUGGCUUGAAGCUAGCUCCACUGUAUGAGCUAAUUGUUCAGUCUACUCUUAAAGAAAAAUGCAGUGAAGACUUGUCUACAAAUAAAUCUUGUUUCUUUGUGUCUCUUCCAGAUCAUCCAAAGCACUGUUACUUCAUAAACAAGGGCUCAGAAAAAUCAGUUUUAGCAGGAGCCUUGGUCAGUAAAAUCCCAUUUAGCCAUCCAAAGUGUGUGCCUGGUGUAAUAGAGAUUCUUCGACAUCAAGUGGCAUAUAACACUCUUAUUAGCAGCUGUGUCUCUGAGAAGCAUAUAAAUGAAGAUGAUUCAGAACUGCUUUACUUUGAAGUGGUACCACACAAGAACACCAGCUUUUCUGUCUUUUUCCUUCAUCCUGUGAAAGAGAAUUUAGCCUGUGUGGUAAUUGAUGUUAUAAGCUCUAGAGAAGUCCAAUGUCACCUUCAUUUAAAUCCUCAAGAUCCAACUCUAAAUUCUACUGAUGACUUUGUAGCAAGAGCUGUGAAACGUUGCAUGUCAGUCCCAGUUGUCAUGAGAGCUGUUUUCAGGAAUGCUGCCAAGGUGAAAGCUGACAGUGAAACACAAGAUACGGACACAGAACAACCUGGACCACAACUGGAGCAAACUACAGAUUCUGACAGUCUCAAAGAAAGCCUUUCUGGUGCUGGUCAGCAAGACUGGGCAGUGAAAGAUAAGCCAAAUGAUACAGAGACUACAGAAGAAAAUCUCUCUACAGCCAAACUGGAAAUUCUGGGUGAUAACAUAGAAAAAAAGUAACCCCUCGCUAUACACUGAAACCUUGUGGAGGAAAGUAAUUCCAUAGCUAGUACAGAAGCUGAUGUAACAGACAAAAACCUGAUGGUUUUAUAAGCAAAAAUGAAGCCUACUUAGUAAUUUGCGAAUGGUAUCUCCUCUUUGCAGACUUUUAAAUAUGGGAAAGUAAUUCCCUCGAAUCUGCAUUUUAAAACAUCCAAAUCUGUAAAGUCUAAAACUGUUCUAUUAACCUUUAUUUUGUCUUGUUACUGAAAAACUAAAAAAUCGUAGUGGUAAACAAGAUUCCCUCUAACACUGUCUUUUUUAUUGUUAGAGGGUAAGGUAUUACUUUAUUCUUGGUCAAGAGAUGUGUUCCUGACAAAGUUCCAGCCUCAAUGCUGAUCCCAAUACAAAACUUUUUUGCUUAUUUAUGCAUUUUUUGCAAACAAAUACAUUAAUGUUCAUUGGUUUAAUUUACCUAAUUCUCUUCAUUAAUUAGUAUUCUACUCCCUAUUAGUUAUUUAUUUCUUUCUCUUCAUGCUAAUCUGGUCCACAUCCUUUAAUUCCUUCUUUUAUCUUUUUCUCCAACUUUCCAGGCCUUAAUCUCCUCCAUAUCUUCUGGUUACUCUAAUGUCCUUGAAGGGCCAUAAAUUUAAGAUCCCAGAUGCCCAAUCUUCAAAUUCCUUUGCUUUGUUCAUUGAAGACAGUCAGGCUUAGUUUUAACAAACUCAAGGUUUCAGUGAUUUAAUGAUCAAAGUAGGUCUGUGAAGAAACUUAAUUGGUGUUGGCUAAAAGUGGACACUGCUUACAAUUAGUUAAAACAACUAAUUAAAAAUUAGUUAGGAAAAUUAUAUAUAUAUUCCAACACUGUCUGCACCAUUUUCUACCAAAUAUGGAAAAAAUCUGUGUUUUACAUGAUACAGUCUAUAACACAAUGCAGGCAUUUGAAGAAAAGUAAUGUUUAUCACUGUCAAUAUUAUGCUAAAUAAAUUGAAAAAAGUUACUUGAAUGAUUUUUGUAUAUACACAAUUAAUGCAGACAUCCCUCUUUGUCCACUAUUUCAUAAAUGCAUUCAAUCUAAGACUCUGAACUGCAGUUCUGCUUACCCCUGAAGGAGAAGUGGUACAGAAAGCAAACCAAAAUUAUAGUCUGUCAACUCUGACAGGGUAAUGGAGUCUUUAGUAAGA